AUGUCCAAGACGAUCGAACUCCAAAGCAAGGCUCUCCGAGUGACUGUUCUUGUCGAUCAAGACGGCACAGUGUUUCUACAGGAAGUUGCACCUCCUGAUAGCGUGCCCAAAAAGUCGACGUCGAAAUACUUCUCUGAUUCAUAUACCCCUCUGGUGGAAGUCCGCCUGGCUGGCGAAGGAACCGCCAAACACAAGUCAUCCAAAACACUGCUGGGGGGAUAUAUCGGUACUCGGUUGAAAUACAAAUCCCACCACAUUCGUGUAGGAGAGGCUAGCCAAACACUUGAUGUGAACCUUGUCGAUGAUGUUAUCCACAUCAUCGUCACUGCUCAUCUUACUGUCUACGACUCAAUCCCCGUCCUGCGUGCAACAGCUACCGCGCAAAACAACGGAGCAGAACCCGUUGUUCUCACUCAGGUCACCUCUCUUGUUCUAGGCGGACUCACGCUCGGCUCUGAGAAGUGGUGGUCUGAUUAUACACUCUCUGUACCGAAUAAUUCCUGGUUUCGGGAAGCCCAGUGGAUUGAGCAUGACUUGCCCAGCCUCGGAAUUGAUGACUACGGAGUAUAUGGGCGUCCUGAAAACCACUGGGGCACUUUGGCUCACUACGCCGUCUCAAACAAGGGGUCAUUUUCCACCGAAGGACAUCUUCCCAUGGGCCUUCUGAAGCGGCGUGACAACUCAGAAUCAUGGCUGUGGCAAGUUGAGAACAAUGGAUCCUGGCGAUGGGAGAUUGGGGACUGGAAGGACAGUGUUUAUCUUGCUGCUGGUGGACCUGUCGAAGUAGACCAUGACUGGCGAGAGCGACUACGUCCUGGAGAGAGCUUUACCACGGUUCCAGUUGCUCUCUGUCAUGUCAUGCAGUCUUACGACGCAGCAUUUGCCGCAAUGACCGAGUAUCGCCGGCAGAUACGGUGGAAGCACCCCGACCAUGAGCGUUUACCGAUCAUCUUUAACGACUACAUGAACUGUCUGAUGGGAGACCCGACGGAUGAAAAGAUCCUCGCUCUCAUAGACCCAGUUGUCCAGGCCGGCGCGGAGUACUUUGUUAUCGACGCGGGAUGGUACGCUGACGACUCCGGAUGGUGGGACGAUGUUGGCUUGUGGGAGCCUUCAAAGAAACGGUUUCCCAUGGGCUUCAAGCAGUUACUCUCCACCCUGAAAGAAAGGGGACUCACGCCCGGGCUUUGGAUCGAGCCUGAAGUAAUUGGCGUACGGAGCAUUGUCAGCACUCAGCUCCCAAACGAAGCAUUUUUCCAACGCGACGGCCAGCGUAUUGUGGAGAAAGGGCGGUAUCAACUGGACUACCGGCAUUCAGCAGUGCGGGAGCGCAUGCACGAAAUCAUUCGCCGUCUGGUGGAAGACUAUGGUGUUGGAUACUUCAAGUUUGACUACAACAUCGAGGUUACUCAGGGCACGGAUGUCGACUGUUUCGGUCCCGGGAUGGGCCAGUUGGGCCACAAUCGAGCGUAUCUCAGCUGGGUCACAGAGUUGCACAAGAAAUACCCUGGGUUAGUUAUCGAGAACUGUUCCAGCGGGGCUCAACGCAUGGACUAUGCGAUGCUUGCUGUUCACGCGCUGCAAUCUACCAGCGAUCAACAGGACCCUGAUCGGUAUGCUGCCAUUGCAGCUGCACUUCCCACCGCUGUUACUCCGGAACAGGCCGCGACAUGGGCCUAUCCCCAGCCGGACUGGGAUGACGAGACUAACGCCAUGACCGUUGUGAACAGUCUUCUGGGGCGGAUUCAUCUCAGUGGUCGUCUCGAUCUCCUGCAGCCUCACCAAUUUGAACUUAUCAGACAUGGGAUGGACGUCUAUCGGUCUAUUCGGACGGAUUUCCGGAUGGCGGUGGCAUUCUGGCCAUUGGGUCUUCCACAGUGGCACGAUGACUGGGUUGCAUUGGGCCUUACUGUACAGGGGAAAGGACGUCACUACGUUGCUGUAUGGAGACGCGGUGGUCCGGACUCGAUGGAGCUGAAAAUUCCCAGUUGUCCGAGCCAAACCGCUCGGAGCGAAUUAUUGUACCCCGUUGGCUUUCCGGGAGAAGCUGUCUGGGCUGCAUCGGAGGGGAAAUUAACAAUUUGGCUUCCGUCAAAUCUGUCGGCUCGUCUGUUUAGAUUGACUGUGUAG